AUGUCCGUUCGUUCUUUACUCAAGUCACGCCAUUUGGACUUAGCCGAGGGUAAUUUACCAACAGUGUCAUAUGAAUGGGAACGGGAACUUUGGGCUAAAAGAGAACGAUUCGGUCGCUAUGGACUUGCGAGUGGUGUUGAUGUUGCAGAGCUUUGGCCAACAGUUCAAGAAAUUGAAGAAGAAAAUGAACUGGGAUUGUACGUACACUAUGGUGAUGCUUUGCGAAGUGCACAAAUGGCCAAACAGAACGCUGAGGCUGCAAUGAAUGCCAGGCUUGAAAAAUUGGCUAAAAAUGAAGCGAACUAUGGAAAAGUUCUGGCGAAGUUCGAAGCAUCGAUUGUGAAAGCUAAAAAAGAGAAAAGUGACCAAGAAAAAAAAUUGGAACAGCGCAUUCGUGAAAUUCAAGAGCACUUCGGCUAUUGGAUUGAUCCAAAGGAUCCGCGGUUCGAAGUUAUGCUGGCGCAAAAAGAAGCUGAAGAGAAGAAGGUUAGUUGUUUGAAUAUUUACAGAUAUAAUGUGGUGGCAAAGAAAUUGGCCCGCCGGCGAGCUACUGAACAGAAGACUAUUGCUUCAGUAGUUGAUGGCAGCAAUAAGUAA